UAUAUAUCGUGAUCACUUAAAUCUUAUACUUAGUAUUUUACUUGCCUUUAAAGCCUUCCUCGACUAUCUUCCUUCACACCCUCUUUAAGAGCCACUUGACUUUAAUAUUUCUCUUUUUUGUUUCAUUCUAUUUUUCUCUAUUUUCUUUCGAUCCGCUGAGAGCAUGCCUGAAUGUCAAGAGAAAGGGAGAGAUUUGAAGAGAUAGGGAAGAAGAUCAAAAGAGAACCAGAUGCUUGGCCUCAUCAGAUGGCAGGAAUUAGAAGGCCAAUGUCGGGUCCUCCCGGGACCCUCAACACCAUUACUCCGUGUGCUGCUUGCAAGCUUUUGCGCCGAAGAUGCGCUCAAGAAUGUCCAUUUUCGCCGUAUUUCUCCCCACACGAGCCUCAUAAGUUCGCAUCCGUCCACAAAGUCUUUGGAGCUAGCAACGUCUCCAAGAUGCUAAUGGAAGUACCGGAAAGCCAGAGAGCAGACACGGCGAAUAGCCUCGUGUAUGAAGCAAACGUCAGGCUAAGAGAUCCGGUGUACGGAUGCAUGGGAGCAAUCUCAGCUCUACAACAACAAGUUCAAGCAUUACAAGCCGAACUCACGGCCGUACGAUCCGAGAUUCUCAAGUACAAGCAACGAGAAGCUGUGGCCACUUUGAUUGUACCUUCCAACUCCCAAGUCUCUGGCUUUCACAACUCUGGCGGCGUCUCCGUCAUUGCACCAUCACCACAAACACCGUCAACUCCACCACAACCUACGACGGCUCAUCCUCCUCCUCCUCCUCCAUCUUCUUGUGUUUUCUCUCAACCAACCACAAGAACCUUAGAAUACGGCGACAUUGAAAGUGAGAACAACUCCUACUUCGGCUAAUUAU